AGGCCGAUCCAGGAAGGAAGUGUCACCCAUUCAGGACAGUUAUUGCAAGAACAUGGAAACAACUUCCUUAUAUUUCAGCGCAUGUGUUUCCUUGUAUGACUGCUCUUUUUGGUAAAUUUGCACGGCGGGAAUUUACAGAAAGAAAGAAGAGUUAAAGAUGGUGUACAUGACGGUAGAGGAGCAGAGCUUCACGCUGCUCCACCUGAAGAGAUCCCCGGGCAUCCGUUCCUGGUCUCUUCUUGUCGGUAUAGCUUCUAUUGGGUUGGCAGCUGCAUACUACAGCUCAGACAGCGUCCUCUGGAAGCUUUUCUACGUGACUGGCUGCCUGUUUGUCGCCAUGCAGAACAUGGAGGAAUGGGAGGAGGCUGUGUUUGACAAAACCAAGAACCUGAUUGAGCUCAAGAGCUUCAGCUUGUACGCUGUAGUCCUGACGUUUUGGAGAAAGGGGCAAGAGAAAGUUGUGCUGGAUCUGACACAGCUGUGUGACAUCUGCAUCCAGGAAGAGAGGGUUCGCUAUUUGGGGAAGGGCUACCUGCUGAUGCUGCGGUUGGCUGCAGGCUUCUCCUACCCCCUGACUCAGAGUGCCACAAUGGGGGCACGCAGUGAUGUGGAGGCUGUGGCUGCAUUGCUGAAGCGCUUCCUCGGGCUGGAGGAGCUGCAGCAACGCAGGCAGCGAGAGGAAGAGGCCGAGUACGGAGAGGAGGAGGAGGAUUCUUUGGACAACGGCAGUGAUUCAGAGGAUGAAGCAGACAAACUCUGAUCUGUCUGGGUCUCGCAACGUUGCUGUUACUUUGGGAGGAUUGAAUUAGGGGCAUUAUGACAUCACUAAAGCAAUGCAUUAUAAUGCAUCAUUACGUUAUACUGUCAACAUGUGCAUGUAACACCAAUGAUAUAGCCUCUUUCAGUGUCUCCACACAGACCUCCUUCCUUGUAUUGGCCUUGGGAAGCUAUAGUAAAAACAUUUUUUAUUGAAUUUCCAUGUGAACUGGGUUGGAAAGAUCCAUCCAAUUAAAUGUUUUGUCAAAGAAAUGUUUCAGUUUAGUCAAAGUUUUCUAAAACAGCUCCAGGAAUUAUGGAAAAAGACACUUAAUCUUUUGUACUGUAGCUUUCUGUAAAUUACAAUUUUACCUUUUAAAAAAACAAAAAAACAAAAAAAAACAACUAAUUACUAUUUGAGAAUACACUCGAGAUUACAGAUGUACCGUGCCUUCCUACUGAACUCUAAUAAGUGUUUGUGUGUAAGUCGAUGGAAAGUGCUUUGCCCACCACUUUCUGGACCACCUAGUCGAUAAUUACCAUUUGCAUGUUUAUUCAUACCCAGACCGCAGUCCGGAUGAAUGGAUGUGCAAACUGUAAUCAAGCAUGAGGGAUUUUCAGGGCUCAAUCAAGAGUCAAUUGUGUGUGAAAUUCUUUGGCCCUCUGCUGUUCUGUCUUAUAACCUAUAUUUUAUUUUUGUGAACCAAAGACUAUACUCAGGCAAACGAUGUACGCAUGGUGAAUGUCAGUAAGUUCUGUUUUGCAAGAAAGAAUUUUGAGAGAUUUUUUUUUGUUGUUGAUUUUAUUGUCUUUGUUUACUUUGAUACAUUUGGAGUGGUUUAAUUAUAAAGUUGUUUUAUAAACCCAAA